CGCGAGCUUCGCGUCGUUGCAGUCGUCUCCAAAACAAUAGUGCAGGGCUCCAUCCGGAGUCCCUGAAUCACAUUUUAAAGAGUAUAUCGCGGAGUGACAGUGACGCAGUGCAGUGAUUUUGUGGUUUUGUGGUGCGUUCGAGGUGCAAGGAAGCGGGCGAUACGGCCCGCAGCGGCGCGGAUCGAUACGGUGUGGUAUGGCGCAGCAAGUAUGAGCCAGGGGGGCUCGAGACGGCCCUACUCGCGCGGGGGCCCGCGCUGGCACCCGCGCUACAAGGACUACUGGGAUUACGAACAAAACUACAGCGAUGGCAGCAGCGCCGGCAGCCCGAAGGAGGCGUGCGUGCAGUCGCCGCCGCCCGCGCCCGCCAAGCGACACCCGCUGCCCCACGAGCAGAGGAGGAUGAGCGUCGGCGGCGGGGCGGGCGGUUCGCGGCGCGCUGAGCGUCGCGCCGCCGGGCCCUCGGAGCGCCGCAGAACAGAAAUGCGAGUGAGUCCAGGCGCAGGCGCAGGACCCUCGGCAGAGUCGCCUCAUCUGCACCACGCCGCACAUCAUCAUCAUAUGGACACAAAUCCCCUAGAGGGGGCGACGCCGCUAGAAGCGGUGGCGAGUGCUGGUUCGUCUGAUGGCGAGCUGUCCAGCAAGCCAGGAGACAGUCCCACCAGGAAGAGAAGGAGGAUCUCGCGCCAUCUGUCCUCGGGCGAGAGUAACGUGUCAGUGACGGCGCCGGCGGUCGAGAGGCGGACGCCGCGACACCACUACCAGCCGCCUCGCCGCGUCCGCUACGUGAGCGGCAACGGCGCGGGCGUGUGGCACGAACGGCUGCUGGAGCCGCACCCGCAGCACCCGUCGCAUCCGUCGCACCCGUCGCAUCCGACGCACCCGUCGCAUCCCCACCCGCACCCGCACCCCCACCCUCACCCGGCGCACCUGCCGCACGCGCACCACACGCCGCUGCUCAUGGACAUCAACCAGAUGUCGCUUCGUGGCGCGCGCCUCAGUGCCCUCGGGGGAGGGGUGGGCUGGCCGCACCACGCGCACCAUGCCCACCACGCGCACCACGCGCACCGCGACCACCCCACCAGGACGCAGAUGGGCGGCGUGUACCCCGGCCUGCAGUACCACGGCAGCUUCGCGCCGCCGCCCCCCCCGCGCGGGCCCUUCGCCUCCCCGCCGCACCCGCACACGCACUACAUCGCCAACUCGCAGCGCGCGGAGGGCGGGCGGCUGGAGGUGCUGGGCGGCGGCGACGGCGCGCUGUCCCCGCUGCAGCCCGCGCCCGACCUGCACCACGCGCCGCUGCUGCUCGCCGCUGAGGCGCGGGGCACUCCCCUGGAACUGAUGGCGCCGCACCACGCGCGGCACGCGCUGUCCCACCAUCACCAUCGGCGCAGCGGCGGCGGGGUGAGCGUGGGCGUGGGCGGCGGGGUGGGCGUGGGCGUGGGCGUGGGCGUGGUGGGCGCCGGCUCGCGCGCCGCGCGGCCCUACGUGCGCGCCGCGCCGCGCUGGGCCGCGCACCCGCACGUGCACCACAUCCACGCGCAGGGCGGCGGCGGGCUGGUGUCUGCGGCGUUGCCGGCACAGCUGCACGUGGCGUCCCCACUGUCACUACCACCUCCACCGCCUACCUACCAGGUGUUCCUCAACCUGCUGGCCAUGUUCCCGCUGUCGCCGUACGCGGAGGCGCGCGACGAGGCCGGCGACUCGCCCGAGACGGAGAACUACGAGGCGCUGCUGUCGCUCGCCGAGCGCCUCGGGGAGGCCAAGCCGCGCGGCCUGGCGCGCCACGAGAUCGAGCUGCUGCCCUCCUACAAGUACUCCGAGCAGACGCACCAGGGCGAGCAGACGUCGUGCGUGGUGUGCAUGUGCGAGUUCGAGGCGCGCCAGACGCUGCGCGUGCUGCCGUGCGCGCACGAGUUCCACGCCAAGUGCGUCGACAAGUGGCUGCGGUCAAACCGGACGUGUCCGAUAUGCAGAGGCAACGCGUCGGAGUACUUCAGCAACUCGGAGUGACACGAGUGACGUCAGAGCCGGGCCGCGUACAAUCCGCGUGUGUGUGAGCUUUAGUCUAUUAACCUCGAGCGCAAAUUCCAUAAUUUAGUCGUUAGGUAAACGAGUAAUCGAUAAUUUUAGUUCUUAUCCUCCCGUGUAAUUCAAAGUUACCCGAAGCCGCCGUGCGCGGCGCUAGUGUUCGUGUGUGGAUAUCGAUACGGGAGUGGUUAACGGUAGGUCCGUCGGACGCGUCCGUUGCGCUCGGGACGUCACGUCACGCCGGCGUCGACGUUCUGGACGUCGCUGUGACGCGGACGUCGGGACGCCGACGUCGCGAGCGCCGUGCAUUUUUAUUGUUUCGCUUUUUAACGAGUGAUUAAGUGUUUUCCUUAGUGUCGUUUUCGUAUCGUCGGAACGUCUGGUGUGCAAUGUGCGUAGUGGAGUGCGGGAGGAGUGUUCCGCUUCGGAUCGAAUGAAUCGUGUAACAAGACUGUCGGUGUCCUCCCGCGGUUAUAAGCAAUAAUAGUCGCCGUGCAAUAAGUGUGUGCGUCUACCGUGUAUCCUGCGUAGACUUGUAAAUAGUAUUCCUCGAGCUGAUCGUGUGACCGCUCUCACUUGACCAAAUCCUCUCUUCUGUUACCUGUGAGCUUUGAAUGAAGUGAGAGCUUCCGCUUUAGUUUUAGACGGUGUCGGGUCGCGCUCGUAGACAUCACGUCCUGUGUAUUACUUGGAACUAACAAGUUCGGUCGGUUCGCGCUUCCGUAGCGCAGUAUGAUGAUUGUAAAUGUGUCGAAAAAUCGAAAUCAGCUGAAGUGACAACGAAUGUUCAUAAUAGUUUCAUUGUUACGUUUUCUACUAACUGUUGUGUUUGCAGCGUGUUACGAUUUCAGUGUGACUACCUUCAAUUCUUGUACUCAACUAAUCUCAGAAGUAGCGAUAAAAUAUGUGAGCUGAGUGGCCAAAACCUUGAAAACGUCAGGCGUCUAAACGAUAACCGCCACUUCCACUCAUCUACCACCUGUAACAGUUUUGUACACAUUCAGGCAAUUUGUACACAUUCAGGCAAUUUAGCAAUUUACAUUUGUUCCCAACUUAUUCCAUUAAAUUGUUAAAUUAGUAAAUAUGUACUUUUUAAAUGUCCAGUUAGACUGGACUUAGAGGGUCCCUAAGGAAUUUAAGCACUAUUUAGAAUUAAAAUAUCCAAAAAAAAAUGUGUAAUAAAUUUCUCGGCGAAAAAUUUCCAAAGUUGAAAAGAUUAGCCCAACAGUGGGACUGCAAUUGUAACACGUCGCAACAGGUCGGCGGUCUGGGGACCGAGGUGUCGGUGUGUGGCUUCCAUUACUUAGUGUUUACGUUAGUCUAGACUAAUAUUACGUUGUUAGUUGCCUUAGAUACGGACGAGACGGGGGCGUCGCGCGAGUUCUAUAACAUUAGACGAUCCCACAGUACACGCAUUCAAGAAUAUAAAUGAAUUUUCAAGAUUUUUUUGUACUAUCAAGCAAAUGAUCAAAAAAUCAAAGUAUUGUUAAUC